AUGGCUCCUCAUUCGGCUAGCGGCAAUUCCUCCCUCAGUGCUUCAUUCGAUGUUUUGAUAAUUGGAGCAGGGAUUUCCGGUAUCAACAUCGCAUAUCACGUCCAGAAUGAAGCCCCAGAGCCUGCACCAUCAUCUUACGCCAUUCUUGAGUCAAGGAGUAAACUGGGUGGCACGUGGGACUUUUUCAAGUAUCCAGGUCUUAGAUCUGACUCAGAUAUGUUCACCUUUGGACUGCCCUGGUACCCUUGGCGAAAGAACAAGACUAUAGCUUCGGGGGCUGAGAUUAGUUCUUACCUAGAGGACGCCGCGACACAUGCUGGGAUCCAUAAGAACAUCAAAUAUCAGCACAGAGUGCUUUCGGCAUAUUGGUCAUCCCAGAAGGCACGUUGGACUCUGGAUGUCGAAGUCAACGGUGUUCUCGGGCAUACUUAUGAGGCGCGUUUCCUUGUACUGGGCACAGGGUACUACGACGAUGACGAACCGCUUGCUACCCUGAUCCCAGGCCUAGAAAGCUUCUCUGGAACUGUAGUCCAUCCCCAAUUCUGGCCAGAGGAUUUGGACUACGCUGAAAAGGACGUUGUUAUUAUCGGGAGUGGUGCAACUGCAGUCACCCUACUACCAAAUUUGACGGACAAGGCAAAGCAUACAACCAUGUUGCAAAGAAGUCCAACUUAUAUUUCCCCAUUACCCUUGGUUGAUAAGCUAGCGCAGCUUGAAUGCGCCAUACUGCCAGCUCGUCUUGCCGGGCGAGUAACUCGACUUCGUCGCGCUAUUCGAUUCUUCGGCUUCUACUGGUUUUGCAAAUUCUUCCCCAACACUGCAAAACGACUCCUUCGCAACUUGUGCAUCAAACUGCUCCCCCCGAAUAUCCCCGUUGAGCCGCAUUUCACUCCUCGCUAUGACCCCAUGGACCAGCGACUCUGUGCGUGUCCAGAUGGCGACUUUUUUGCCAGCUUGCGUUCUGGAAAGGCGAGCAUAGUGACCGACGUUAUCCGCAAAGUUACUGAAGAUGAGAUCAUCCUGACUUCAGGUACGAAGCUACGGCCGGAUAUUAUCGUAACCGCGACUGGCCUCAAGCUUCGCAUUGGCGGUGGUAUUCAAUUCUUCAUUGAUGAUGACCCAAUCAGUAUUAUUGAUGGCUUUGCUUGGAAGGGUUUUAUGCUGCAAAACGUGCCUAAUCUGGCUUUUGUGGCCGGGUACUACAACGCUGCCUGGACCUUGGGUGCAGAGGUGACAGGUGUAGCUGUUGUUAGGCUACUGCGGCAGAUGAAGUCCCGGGGCUUUUCUUGUGUUGUACCACGGCUUGCGAAGUCCGACCAAAUAAUGGAGCCGCAGUCGUUCUUCAAAAUCUCGUCUACGUACGUGAAGGAUGCCAUCAAGUAUACGCCCAAGGGAGGAACGGGACGGUGGGCACAUAGGUGGAAUUACUUUUUUGAUCUGGCAAAAGCAUAUUGGGGUGAUUUUGAGUCUGGUCUGGAAUACUUCUAG